CACGCCGGCGGUCGCAAAAUCUGCAUAUCGCGCAGGAUGGGAAAAUCAAGACUGAGAGACUUCGAUCCCGAGUCACUACUCGAUCCUGCACCUAGCUCCAGCGAAGACGAGCGCUCAGACGCCGAAUCCUCAGAUGUCGAAGAGGACGUAAAUGCGGGUCGCGAGCACUAUGUCGAUGUUGGCAAGAGCAAACUGCGCAAGCAGGAGACCAAGCCACUGGGAAAGCAAUACGCAGGCAAGGGUGUCAGCCGUCAGGACGUCGAGAACAGCGACAGUGAUGACCCGUUUGCAAGAGGCUUCGACGAGGAGGACAGUGAGGUAGAUAGCGAGGAUGAAAGUGAGGCUGAUGGUGAAGAGGCGGACUUCUCGGAGGGUCUGAACGCUUUGAUCGACGGAGAGGGCGGUUCAGACGACGACGAUGACGAGGAAAUGGACAGCGAAGACGUCGACAUGGAUGGCGAGGAGGAUGGGGAGGAGGACGACAGCGAAGACGACACUGCGCAAGACGACUCAGAGGACGAUGACGAGUCUGGCGACGACACCAAGCCAGGAGCAGCUGCCGUGCGUGACCUCAUGAAGGACGCCAAAUCCUUGACCUCCACACUCGCUGCCGGCGCGCAGUCAGACGUUGCAAAGGGCGAGGCUGUCAAGACGCAGCGCAAGACUUUCGAUACACUGCUCAACACGCGCAUUCGGUUACAGAAGGCGCUCAUCUCGACGAAUUCCAUGGCUGCCGAACAACACAAGGAAGCAACUGCGCCAGAUGCAUCUGUCUCGGCCGCCGAGGCCGCUGCGCUCACCCUGCUGAACAAUCUCACCGAUCUCCGCAUCUCGCUCGAGGAGUCGCGAACAGGCGAGAAGCGCAAGCGCACCACUUUCGAUGCCAACACCUCUUCGACCGACAUCUGGUCGUCGAUACGCAGCACGGAGAAGUCAGCACUACCGCACAGGAAGGCUGUUCUUGAGCGCUGGUCGAACAAGACAAAGGCAACGACCGUCACGAACAAUAAGGCGCGUCUCAACGCUUCGGCGCAACAGACGCUCACCGACGUACUCGACUCCCAGCUCACGUCGUCGCACUUGAUUACUCGCACUCAAACUCCACGUUCCUGCGCUCCGCUUCAGUCUGCUCACAAAGCUGCGCAACCUGAUGCAGCCAUCUACGACGAUGCAGACUUCUACGGACUACUUCUCAAGGAGCUGCUAGAACAAAGAUCCGCCGAUGUGAAUGCCAAUGGCACAUCUGAAUUCGUUGUACAGGCACCAUGGCAGGUAGCGAGAGAGGCAAAGACAAAGAAGGUGGUCGACACAAAAGCAAGCAAGGGCAGACGGUUACGGUACACGGUGCAGGAAAAGCUACAAAACUUCAUGGCACCUGAGGAGCGAGGAGAGUGGGGCGAAAGGCAACGAGACGAGCUUUUUGGAAGCUUGUUCGGCAAGCGAUUGAGGCUUGGGGAAGAGGAUGUUGAAAGCGAGGUUGAAAGUGAGGGCGAUGCUGAGGAGGCAGGGCUUAUGUUGUUCAGGGGCUAG